AGAUCGGGCGGCUUGAAACCGUCUGCGCUGAAUAACAUUGGCUGUUCCGUUUCACCCCCUCCGAGCCGAAGGAUCCCGGAAGUAGCCGAGUGAGACGAUGACGGAUUCCUAAAGAAAGAGGCACAGUCAGGAAAGAGACACACGGUGACUCGGCCGUUUCUUCUACGGGAAUUCUGUUGCGCUCCUGGAGCCUAAAGUUAAGAUGGCGGGUGAGAGACACUCAGCAUCAUGUUAUCUAGACGAAAGGACCUUCAGACUUUGCUGCCAGCUCUUUCUCCAACAUUCCGUGACCAUCCAGGAUGGCUGGAGCUGGGAGGAGAUCAAGGGUGCUGAUGAAGGCUUCAUGAGGAAGACUGUCCUCAUCCCCGUCAGAUCAGACGCCUCACACCAUGAGGAUGUGUGUUCGGUGCGGACAGAAAACACCGACUCUCUGACAGAAGAACUUCAGGCAGAUGUUGAGGAUGAAGCAGCAGGACUUCAGGCCGUAUGUCAACGAUAUGAAUAUCAUGUUGUGUAUUCCAGCAGUUAUCAGAUCCCGGUGCUGUACUUCAGAGUCUCCACGUUAGAUGGAAGGUCUGUGUCUCUGGAAGACGUGUGGAGCAACGUUCAUCCAAACUACAGACAGAGAUUAAGACAGGAACCGUGGGACACGCUCACGCAACAGCCGUACAGACACAUGUUGGAUAGGACUGAUAGAAACACUGUUGGGAGAGAUGCAGGGGAGUUUUUUGGGAUGCUGGUUGAGAUGUUGAGGUUGUGAGGUCUCUGUGAGGUUUUCGAGGGAUGGAACACUGCAGUAUGUGCAUGUGACGCAGGUAAACAUGAGUGACUCACAUUAAAGCUGGAUCAGCAGUGAUCUCUCCCUCUCCCUCCCU